AAUAUCAAAAAUGAUAACAAAUCGUAUUUUGAGGUUAUUCACUGUCAACAAAUUGAAUUUAAAAAAUGCUGAAAGAUUUUACUCACAAAAAAAUAUUCUCCACCUACAUGAUAGAGGAAUGUUUCAAGAUAUAUUUCCAGCAUCUCAUGAACAUGAAAUAAAAAAAUUAUUAAAUAAUUCACCACAAUGUGUAUAUGCUGGUUUUGAUCCAACAGCUGAUAGUCUUCAUGUUGGUAAUUUAUUGGUAUUGAUGAAUUUAUUACACUGGCAAAGAUCUGGUCAUCAAGUUAUUGUUUUACUUGGUGGUGCUACUGGACAAAUUGGUGAUCCAAGUGAUCGUACAACUGAACGUACUGAAAUAAAUAAUAUGAUAAUAAAUGAUAAUAUAAAUUCAAUACGUAAUAAUAUUGAAAAUAUAUUUAAUAAUCAUAAAUUAAAUUUUUGGCAAAAUAAUAAUAAUAAUCAAAAAUUAAAACAGCCAAUUGUUGUUAAUAAUAUUGACUGGUAUAAAAAUAUAAAUAUCAUUGAUUUUAUACGUAAUGUUGGUAAAAAAUUUCGUCUUGGUACAAUGAUUGGAAGAAGUUCAGUACAAACAAGAUUAAAUUCAGAUAAUGGUAUGAGUUUUACUGAAUUUUCAUAUCAAAUAUUUCAAGCAUAUGAUUGGUUACAUUUAUAUAAUAAAUAUAAUUGUCGUUUUCAAAUUGGUGGUGGUGAUCAAAUGGGUAAUAUUGUAUCUGGUCAUGAUUUAAUAAGUAAAACAACUGGUAAUAAUGUUUAUGGUUUAACAUUACCAUUAAUAACAUCUGAAGGUGGUAAAAAAUUUGGUAAAUCACUUGGUAAUGCAAUAUGGUUAUCAUCAAAUAAAUCAUCAAGUUUUAGUCUUUAUCAAUUUUUUAUGAGAACAAAAGAUUCAGAUGUUGAUAAUUAUUUAAAAUUAUUUACAUUUUUAAAACUUGAUGAAAUUAAAAGUAUUAUUAAUAAACAAAAUUUAGAACCAGAAAAAAGAUAUGCACAACGUAAAUUAGCUGAACAAGUUACACUACUUGUACAUGGAGAGGAAGGACUUGCUGCUGCUGAAAAAGCAACAGCUAUACUUUAUGAUAAUUCAUUGGAAUCAUUAUCAAAAAUAUCUGCUGAUGAAUUGGUUACAGUAUUUGAAGGUGCAAGUAUUUAUGAUUUACCAAUUGAACCUGGUAUGACUGCUUAUGAUCUUGCAAUGCGUAUAAAAUGUUUUAAAAAUGAUAAAGAAGCACAAAGAAUUUUAGCAGCUGGUGGAUAUUAUAUUAAUCAUUCGAAAAUUAUUAAUCCAAGUGAAGUACUUACACCUGGUAUUCAUAUUUUGAAAAAUAAUACAACAUUAGUUAGAGUAGGUAAAAAAAAUUAUCAUGUUAUUAGAUGGUUAGUAUAAUUUUCAAUAUAUCUUGAAUUAUAACUUUUUUUUUUUAUAAUGAAAAUAUAUAAUUAAUUAUUAUUUUA